AUGGAUUCCAAUAUUAAAGAAUUAAUUAAAAAAGAAAAAGAAAGAAGAAAAUUAAUAAGAAAUGAAAAAAAAAAAAAAGAAAAAAUAAAAGAGGAGACAAAUUUAAACCUUUCUGAAGAAAGUAAUUUAAAAAUUCCCAAAAACCUCUUUCUAAAUAUACAGAAGAAUUAUGAAAACAAUAUAGGAGAAUGCAAUGAAGAAAAUGAAGACAUAUAUAAAAGUAAUAUAUCGAAAAAAGAAUGCAAUAUCCUAAAUGAAGGUCAUUAUAAAGAGCCAAUGGCACCCGUAAAUAAGUUAAAUAAAAACUGUAAUUUAAAAGAAGCAUUUUCAAAAUACAAUAAUAAAAAAGAUGAUUAUAUUUUUGAAAAAAAUGAAAAUGAAGAUACUAGUAAAAAUAUUGAGUAUGAUAAAAUUAGUAGUUCUAUAGAUAUAAAAAACAAUGAUAACUUACCUGAAGAUUUUUUUGAUAGUUUCAAAACAAGUGAUAAUAUAAAUAAUAUAUUAGAAACAAAAAAUUGUGAAAAAAUUGAAAUAGAUAAAAAUCUUAAUAACAAUAUGGGAAAUGAUAUUACAAAUGAAAAAGAAGAAAAAAAUGAGAUAAUGAAAACUUCUCCUGAUAUUCAAUUUGACAGAAAUUCAAAAAAUGAAGUGGUUAAGAAUCAUUUAGGUGAUAAAUAUAACUUAUCAGUAGAACAACAAAAUAAUUGCAUCACGAAAAAUGAGUAUAAAGAUGAAAAUGAUGAUGAUGUUGAAAUAUUAGAGACUUAUGAAAUUAUUGAGCCAACUAACAAUUUAGAUUUUAAAAAAAAUGAUAAUAUUCUUAAGAAAAAAUUAGAAAAAAGAAAAAAAAGUGAAAAUAAUGAAAAUGAAGAGGAUGAAAAUGAGGUUUAUAAAAAAAUAAAAAAAGAAUCUAAUACAAAUAAUAUAAAUGAUGAAAUAGAAAAUAAUAAUUACAUACAGGAAUUAUAUGAUAGUAAUUUAGAUGAUUUAGUUUAUUAUAAACCAAUAGAUACAGCAUAUUAUGAAGAACUUGAUUACUUACAUAAAAUGCUAAUAGAAAAAAAAAAAAGUAUAUUAGGAAAUAUGUAUGAUGAAGAUAAAGAGAGAAAUGAGGAGAAUGAAGAGGAUAUUUUAGAAGAAUUGAAUGAAUUUCAUAAAAAAAAAAAUAAAGAAAAAGAAAAAAAUUCAAAUUUUAACAUUAAUGAAAUAUAUGAAAUAUUAAAUAUAAAAAAAGGUGAGCAUAAGAAUGAUUUUUUAGAUGAAAUAGUAAAUAAAAAUCAGGAAAAUAAUUUAGCCAAGAAAAAUACACACUCUGAUAAUAUACCAAAGGGAUUUUUUGAUAAUAAAGAAAAAGAUAUUUUUAUUAGAGAAAAAAUAUCUUUGUCUACUUUAAAUCAAAAAAUAGCAGAAAUUAAAAAACAAAAAAAAAACAUUUUAUUAGAAUAUAAAAAUAUAGAAAAAACUUAUGAAGAAAAGAAGAAUAAUUACAUUGAUUAUUUAUAUGACGAUAAAUAUGAUAAUAAAACAAAAAUUUUGAAUGAAUUAAAAAAAAAAACUACUAAUUUAGAACAUUUGAAAGAUAAAAUUACAAAAAUUAGAAAAGAAAAAAAGAAAAAGAAAUUGCAAAAAAAAGUAAAUGCAAAGUUUGAUGAUAAUGACCAAAUAAUUUAUGAUUGGAGAAAAAAGAGUUUUUUUUAA